AUGGCGCUGCUCGCCGCGUCACUCGCUCUGAGCGCCGUCGCUGCGGCCCGCGCCGCUCCGUUCACGUCGCCUUUCGACUCGUCGUACGUCGUGCAGCUCUAUGACCGCCGCGACGACUUUGUGCCACCUCCGGCCGCCGGUCCUCUGCCGUCUGAGCUCAUGACGACCGCCGCCGGCCACACGUUCGAGUGUUUUCUACCGUCUCUCGCUCUUGUCGACGCCGACACUUCCGAGCCAUUGGACCGUACCAACGAGAACGACGUCAAUGGUCAGGAGCAACAAGAGACUGCGCAAGAGGCGGACGCGUUGUUGGCGUUGAAUCGCGCGGCCGUACGGGAAAUGCAGAGCCUGUGCGUCGAGUAUACCGACAAACAGACCUCGUGGCGCUACGAGAUCUGCGUGAAUGCCUUGAUCAUUCGCUUCCGGAAAGCGCCAGUGGAAGUGCAAGUGGACGCCGCAGGAGCAGGAGCUGCGGCCGACGUGGGGGCGCGACGCAGGGAGUCGGAGUUUGAAGAAGUUGGCAUGUUUGUCGCGGACAGCCGUCGCGCUGCAGGCCGAUUCGACGAGUUUGCUGACCCCGAGACGCAAAAGCGAGUGACGGGCGACGGCCAGUCGCUGUUUACACAGACGUAUGACAAGAGUGGACAAGAGGUGCAAGUGCAGUUUGUCUGCGGUGCUAGUGCGCGUGACGACGUCGUGGCUGCUGUGCAGUGGCGAGAAAAGCUGGCGACGAACGGUGAACGUGAAGUUGCUGCGUUUCUGGUCGAGUCACGAGCGUUUUGCGACUUGCAAGAGUCGAAAGUCGACAAGGAUGGACUGGCUACGGUGCAAGCGGUGCUGCAGCCUCUGCAGGAUGCGGACACGUGCGUAACACGAGACGAAGGCUGGUGGACGUACGAGUACUGUUUUGGACGUUCGGUGCGACAAUAUCAUCGCGACGAAGACGGUCAGGUGACACUCGACUUUUUGCUGGGUGUGUUUGAUGCCGAGGGGAAUCGCGAGUUGGAGCGGUUGGACUCUGCACUGGUGUUGGAGCCCAUUGAUGAGACACACGACGUACCCCGUCCCGCGUUCGUGGAGCUGUACAAUUUCGGGACAUUGUGCAAAACGUCGGAGAAUCAGAAGCCGCGGAAGGCAAAGGUCUUUCACUACUGCAGCCACGACGACACGGUUGAGCGCUUGAUAAUGACGAGGGAGGUGCAGACGUGCGUGUACACGGUCAAGGUGUCGUCUCCAGUCUUGUGCGACCACCCGCACUUCCUCAACGACGAGCGGGAGAGCGACCAAACGUUUGAGAUCGUGCACUGCAUCCCGGCAGUCGAUGCAGUAGUAGAAGCAGUGGAAGCAUCGGAAGCAGUGGCUGCAUAG